ACAGCGAUUGUCAGCGGCGGCAGCAGCGGCUGCAGCAGCUCAGGCAACCACAAACGGCAACUUCAACGCGCAGCAGCACAUUCCAAACAACUUGAAUAUGCAGGAUAUUCAUGACCAAUCUGGGUUAUCCAUGUAUACAACCGAUUUCUUUCUAAUGGAUUUGACGGAUCCAGCAGCAGCGGCGGCUGUAGCGGCAACAACCAGUGCAGCCUCGGAACAAAACAUCUAUCAACCACGUAUACCUGAUCGGACGUCGUUACGUAACGAAGCGCCAUCAACACCUGAACCAUUCUCAUCCACUGUGAUGAACAGCACGAGCUCAACCGUUGCCGUGACUGCUGCUUCUGCAGGCAGUAACAACAACAGUGGUGGUUGUGGCAUGGUCAACAACAUUACAUCAAGAGCGCCCAAGGUUACGUUGCUCCCAGCACCACAACCGAAUCUAACAUCUAACAAGAGCUGGACCCAGUCUCGACAGAAGGAUUGGAAUAUUGACUUUCAACCUUCCAUCAUUGAAACGCUUCAUCAAAACACCCAUAUGAGUAUAGAGCCAGCUUCAUUUGGGACUGCCAACAUUGUCGAUCCAUCCUCCAUGAGCAUCAACAUAGAUCCCAUGACUUCGCAUACUACUGCACAGCAACCAAACUUAAACGACAACAGCAAUGUGCUUCUUUUCUUCAACACUAUGAAUAGUCAACAGCAGCAUCGGCUAUCACAACAACAGCAACAGCAGCAACAUCAAGGAGGCGGUAAUGGCGGUAGUAGUGGAUGGUAUGCAGCAUCCCCGUCAUCCAGAACGCAUGCAUCAUCCUUAACGAGAAUGCACCACACACAAAGACCGCCUGGAAUUUACACCGAUGGUAGUAGACGGCAGCGACAUCAGAAACGAACUAGGUCACCACGAUCGUCAUCGUCCUUGGAUCAACAGCCUUCUCCUUCCUCUCAUCAUCAUCAUCAUCAUCCUCCUCCACCUUCACUUUCGGAACCGACAAACUCGUCUGCCAGUGAUGGUCGGUCUACAUCUGCAUCUCCCGCCAUGUUUAAUCAGGACCAAUGGAUUAACGUCUCACAAAAUAAAGUGCCAACGGAUGUGCUGACAUCGUGGCCUUGAGACGCGGCUCGCUCUUAUAGCAUCUUCUAUCUAUAUAUUUUACUCUAUAUUACAGUUUCUUUUAUACAUACACACGCACACACAUUUAUAUAUAACCCCCACUUUUUUUUUCUUUUUGUAGUACAUACCUUUGCGAUGUAUAUUUUUUAUCACCCUUUUUAUGUAUUUGGUUUCGUUUUCUUGUCAUUAUAGUAGUACAAUAUGUAUACAUAAAUAUUAUCCAGCGAUCCGCAUCUUCUUUUUCUCAAUGAUACAUUUAAAGCAUCGUACAUAUGUGCAUUAGCAUGAAGUAGAAUUGGUUGAUCAAACACUGGAGUGAUUCAUAAUAAACAUACCUGUCUCAGAAAUGGGAAUAAAUUUUAUUUUCCUA